AUGGAACCAAGCUUCAUCCAGUCGGCCAUGGCUUUAGGCUUGCCAUCUAAGAAGGCUUCUUCAAGGAACAUUGCUGUGGAGAGGAAAAAUUUGCUCACUGUCUGCAGGUUUUCAGUGAAGACUCUCCUGGAGAAAUACACAGCGGAGCCUAUUGAUGAUUCCUCAGAAGAGUUUGUGAAUUUUGCUGCAAUUUUGGAACACAUUCUGAGUCAUCGAUUUAAGGGUGAGAGAGGCAUGGGUCACGUCAGCUGGUUUAGCACAGAUGGCCAGAGAGGAUUCUGGGACUAUAUCCGUAUCGCUUGCAGCAAAGUUCCCAACAACUGUAUCAGCAGCAUUGAGAACAUGGAGAACAUUGGCACAGCUAGAGCAAAGGGUCGGGCCUGGAUACGUCUUGCGCUGAUGGAGAAACGACUUUCAGAAUACAUUGUAACUGCACUAAGAGACACCAGAACCACCAGGAGGUUUUAUGACGAUGGUGCUAUUUUACUGCGAGAAGAGUCCUCUGUCCUCACUGGGAUGUUGAUAGGCCUCAGUGCCAUCGAUUUCAGCUUUUGCCUAAAAGGGGAAGGAAUUGAUGGCAAAACUCCAGCAGUGAUAGACUAUACUCCAUACUUGAAGUUUACACAAAGUUAUGAUUACCUAAGUGAAGAAGAAGACAGAGAAAGUGUAGGUGGCAGCAGCAGUGAGGACAGCUCUCCCGAACACCCCUACUUACCGCUGCUAACGGACGAGGAGACCUGGUACAGCAAGUGGCGUAAGAUGGAACAGAAGUUCCGUAUUGUCUAUGCACAAAAGGGAUAUCUAGAAGAGCUGGUCCGUUUGCGGGAGUCUCAGCUGAAGAAUCUAGAAGCUGAGAACAAGAGACUGACUCAGAGAAUCCAGGAGCAGGGAGAGCAAAGCCUGCAGGAGAAACACCAGCUGGAGGGAGUCAUCCUAGAACUGCAGGAACAGCUCACUGGCCUACUCCCUUGUGAAAAUGCCCCCAUCAAACAGUUCAACUCAAGCAUUGGGGCCCCUCUGGUUAACCAGUGGCCCUCCCUGGGCAAUCUUAAUGAUAACGAGACAUCUGUUAAACCCACGCUGUACAGGAGACACAGCUAUUUGAGUACAGAACACCUCUCAGCUGAGCUGAGUCUGAGCUCCGAAUCCCAGAGGGGAGAAGGGAAGCAGGAUGGAGAACCUUGGGGUCCUAUUGGUAAGGACCCAACCCCUUCCAUGCUGGGUUUGUGCGGCCCUGGCAUCCAUCCCCAGCUGUAAAUCUCUGCCAAGCUUGAAAUCCAAUGAAUGCCUUGUCAGUAAUAGCAGUGAGACAAGUCCUGCUGGAAGCCCCAGCUGA